CGGCGCAUCAAGUGGCACGUGAUAGCUUGCGAGGGAAAUACCGUGCACCAAGAUUACUACAUUGUUUAGUUCGAUUUCGAAAAUUUUUUGCGAUUACCACUGACAAUCAUGAGUGAAUUAACCGAAAAUGUCUUAAAGGAUGAUCGACUACUGGAUCCCAUUAGGCCUUCUGAUGGUGCUGGCAUGAGGAAUGAAAUGUCAUAUCUCUAUGGACGAGAUCCCAGCAUUCUAGCAUAUAGUCAACGUCCUGGACCAUCAGCACAGUGCAAGAAGAAUCUUUCCUCUGAUUAUGAGACUGAAGAGUCGAUCUACUCUGAUGGCACCUCCCUGGGGCCUGAUGUUUUGUCCAGACAGACAGUCAAGGUAUUUUUACGCCUCAAACCUUUUCCCAGAAAAAUGAAACUGCCAGACGAGCAGAAAGAGGCCUAUGAGAUCAUCAACACUACAACUCUUCUCACACGAAUCCCAUGCCUUGACACAACAACCGUUUCUAUGAAGAAAAAUAGUCAGAUAGAUACUGUGUGCCGGAAAUUUACAUUCACCGAAACUUUUGGACCUGAUACUACACAAUUAUCUUUGUUUGAGAGGGUAAUUCAGCCACAGAUGGUGGAAUUUUUUGAUGGGCGAAACUGCAUCGCCAUGACAUAUGGCACAACGAAUUCAGGAAAAUCCCACACCCUCCAGGGUUCGACUUCGUGUCCAGGAAUAAUACCUAGGAGUUUGGAAUACGUUUUUUCCAAGAUAAAUCCAAAGACCUCUCCUUGUUACAAGCCAGUUGAUAAUAAUGCGGUAAUAAGUCUCACAGCAUCCGAGCGUUUAACCGAGAUAGAAACGACAACAAAAAUCCUUUCAUCCCAAUACAUAAGUGCAUACAGGCAAAUGCAGAAGCUUCUACAGGAAGAAUCCCCUCAGCGUCCAAGUCAGGCAACAGAUGCCCAGUACCUAGUGUGGGUGUCCUUCGCAGAGAUCUAUAAUGAAGUGAUCUACGACCUGUUAUCCAGCGAAACCCAAAAGCGUCGAAUACCCUUGAAACUGGCUGCAGACAGCCAAGGAAGGGCUUUUAUAAAAAAUCUGAAAACCGUGUGCGUCCAUUCAGGCUCUGAAGCAUAUCAAGUGCUAAUGGCUGGCCAGUGUAAUUUAAAAGUCGCUGCAACAGUCCUCAACGCUAGGAGUUCCAGAUCGCACUGUAUCUUCACCAUUACAUUACUCAAAUUUUACAACGAAAAUCGUCCAGACUCUGUCGAACUCAGCAGAUUUUCCUUCUGCGAUUUAGCGGGUUCAGAGCGCCUGAAGAAGACGUUAAAUGUUGGAGAUCGUCUCAAGGAGGCUCAGAACAUCAACACGAGUCUUUUGGUUCUGGGUCGCUGCCUAAAGUCCAUCUACGAGGGGCAACUGAUGAAACAGCGCCAAGAACACCUCGGGCCUUUUCGCGAGUCCAAACUAACGCGCCUCUUCCAGCAGGCUCUCUCUGGAAAGGAGCCCAUGGCUCUCAUUGUCAACGUCAAUCCACUUCCAAAUCUUUACGAGGAGACCCAGCAUGUCCUGAACCUUGCAGCAAUCGCAAAGAACAUAGUAAUCCAACCGAAGAAGCCAAAACGAAGAUCACUGACGAGGUUCUCACUGGUUGUCGCCCAGAGUACGAAGACAGUGACAGAUUGGGAUGACACAGACCUGGAAAUAAUCGCUGAGCAGUCUUCUACUGAGGCAGAUGAGACUCAGAGUAAUGCUUCCGUUUCCCAGGCAGACUACGAUGAAUUAAUCGUUGAAAAUGAGCGCCUGAAACAUGAAUAUGCAGCCCUCAAAACAUCACACUUCAAGAGGGAUCUGCAAAUACGUGAGGAACUCGCAAAUUCCUAUGCUGAGAUGUUGGAGAAAAUCCAGAAGGAUUAUAAAGCGAAAAUGGAGGUCUAUGAGAACCAGCAGGAAGACCUUCUAGAGUGUCAGCUGUCGAUGCUGAAGGAUUAUUAUGAGAAGAAAUUGGCUUGUAAAGAGAGUACACGAUCAGAUGCUGAUGAUGACGAUGAAGAGGCAGACAAUGGGAGGAUUGUUGAGCUCCAAAGACAGGUUUCGAUGCUUUCUGGUAAGGUCAUCUCGCUCAAGAUGACGAUAAAGGAUCUGCGUACGGAGAAGAUGGAGGUCGAGCAGGAGAAGAACAAUUUAAAGCAUGAAACCACUAUUCUAAAAGACGAACUAACGAGUGUGAAGGCACGGCUGACGUCGCUGGAGGAGGACUUCUCGGCGAAAGGCGAUGGUAGUAUUUACAUUCUUGAGCUGAAGGAGCAGCUCACGGCUCUCUGGCAGAAAAACAAGAAUCUCAAAGACAUGCUCAAUGAAGCUAAACUCGAUUACAUUGAGAUCACUAAUGAUUGUCGUGAGAAGGAGGAGAACAUUGCCAGGUUGGAGGCGAAAUAUAUAAAUGAGAGUGAUAAGUGUCGAAACCUCGAGUCUGCGUACGAGGAUGUCAAUGCUCUCUACAGGGAUGAGACGCAGCUCAAGGAGGAAAUAGAAAAUCAUCUUGAAAGAGAGAUUAACUUGAGGAAGAAACUUGAGAAGCAGUUGGAGAUGUUGAAGGGGAAUAUUGCUGUCGAGCUAGAUUCUACGAAGUCUUUUAUCAAGAAGGAGAUGCUCUCCCCAACGAUGGAGGAUUCUACUGGAGAUUCUGAGGGUCAAGAGGUCUUUUUGGAAUUCAGGGACAUUCCAAUGGGGGAUAAUCAGAUGAUUGAGAGUUUGAAGGAGCAGAUACAACUCCUGGAGGAGGAAAAAAAAAUAUUGAGUGAGAAAUUGUCUUAUAGUGUGGAGGAAAUUAAUUCUUUGAAGGAAGAUCUGAGGUCUGCCAAGGGGAGGAUAGAUGAAAUUGGUGAGCAGUUGUCCCAGAGGGAGCUCAAUGAUAUGAGGGAUCAGUACGAAGCGGUAAAAGCUAAUUGUGAGGAACAAGUUGCGAGGAUUAAGGAGUUGAGUGAUGAAUUAACGACGGCAAAAGGCAUGUUGGAAAAUUACAACAGCUAUGGGAAUGACCAGAAGAGACUCACCGAGGAGAACCAGCAGCUGCUACUGCAACUCAAGGAGACGUCGAGUGAGAAGGAGAAUCUCUCGAAGCAGGUGGAGAACCUCCAGACGGCUCGUGAGGAUUUAGAGUCUCAGAUCAGGGAGUGGGAAAAAAAGCUGGGCCUGAUGGAGCUUGAGAUCGACAAUCUCCACAUGUCUGAUAAAUUGAGAGCAGGGGAGAAUAAUAAAUUGACAGAGGAGUUGGCUGCAUGUAGAUUACAGCAUGCCUCUCAGGUUUCUGAUCUCAAGGACAAGUUGAAGCUCCUCGAAGAGGGUAAUCAGGGAAAUUCUCAAGCCAUGAAAGAAAGUCUCCAGAAGGUCCAACAGCUGGAGUUAAAGUUGGAAGACAUGAAGAACCGGGAGACGAAAAUUACAGAAGCUGAUGCUCUGUUGUCUAAAUGCCAAACUGAAAAGAGCGAGUUGGAAAUGGAGUUAAAGAACAAUGAGGACCGAAUUUCCCACAUGAAGUCUCACCUGGAGCAGUUAGAGAUGGCCGGCAAUGACAAAGAUAAUGAGAUUGUCAGGCUUCAGAAGGAGUUGAAGACUCAUAUCAAGGCCUCUCAUGAUCCCAGUACUCUGGAGACUGAAAAGGCUCACAAGGAGAUCAUUCAGGAGUUGAGUGAAGCACGGGAAGCCCUCCGAGAUGCCACAAAGACUAACGAAGCCCUGGAAACCAAGAUAAGAACUUUGAUGGAGACUCGAAGUGAAAACUACGAGCAAACGCAGAAAUUAAUUACAACGCUCCAGCGGAAUAUUGCCGAGCAGACAGCAGAGAUAAAAGACUUGAAAACAAUAAAUGUCAGUAUUAUCGGUAGUUUAGAUGAGAAAGAGGCAGAGAUGGAACAUUUUAAGAAAAACCGAGACGAGACAAUUGCCAGGUAUGAGGGUCUGGUACGAAGUCUUCAAGAUAAUCUCGACAGGGAGAAGAGGGAAGUGAUGAGAUAUCAGGAGGUCUUCACCAGGCAGGGCCAGACACCUCGAGAGAAGGAGAACGAUACCACAAAGUUCAGAGCCCCCUCGGAUGAUCAAGCUACCUUGAAUGAUACCUCACCCAAAUCUACCAGCAGCAGGCGUGCAAGGAGGGGGAAAAAAGCGCCUGCCGAGACUCCCAACAAUGAUGAAAUUGAUAUUCCUGUUUAUGAGCUGUCUGGAUCUGAGUCGAAGAGAACUACAAGGAGAACUGCUGCUGCGGCUGCUGCUGCACCUCCCAGUGAAAAAAGGGCCGGGAAGAGGAAAAAACUUUUCAAUGCGGAAACUAGUCUUGUUGAUUUAGCACCUGAGGUGGUACCACCAUCUCCGUCACCGUCCUCCACUCGUUCUCUGCGAACUCGAAGGAAGUAACUUCACAUUCAAAUUUCCGUUAUCAAAUCUACUUAAUUUUAUUAUACACUCGAUUUAAUCGAGGGAUGUAUGCAUCAUCAUUGUAAAAAUAUGUUGUAAAAAGUAUUUUUCAUUUUUAUAUUUUUUUA